ACCGUACGAGACCCGGUAGUGAGAGGUGACCUCGAAGAUCGCUCCCGUAGAGUCGCAUGCCACUUCGAUCCCUUGGACUUAACUGAUGUCUUUCAGUUGUUUAUAUUGCAUUUUAUUACUGUGAAAUAGAGUGGUCUUUAUUCGAUAACGGAUGACAAUUGGAGUGCUUUACUUAACAGUAUAAAGUGCGAUUAUUUUUUUUUAUACUACUCGCCCAAGUUCAGUUGUAGGAUCAUCAACUCAUGCAUAGGAGAUUCUUAAUCCACUGAUCCACUGAUCUGUUAGUAUCAGAAGAUGUGUUAAAACUGUCUUCGUCAUCUGUCCACCGAAUAUCUUCGUGAAAAAGAUGGCUGCCAUGGAAAGGAUGUUAGCGUUACUGACGCUGCUGUUGGCACUGUCCGUGGCCCGUGGCACAGCUGCCGAUUCCGAAACCAGCCACGACAUGGAGGAGGGAGCGAGCGACCCCCAGGAGACCACCGUCCUCCUCUCGCCCGCUGAGGAACUCCUCGAAGCUGCCAGAAAAGCGGGAUACAACUUGACCCUCGAACGCCUGGACGAAGCCGCUGCCGCCACGGACGAGGAAGUGAGUGAGAUGAUGCCCCAGCCCGUAGCCGAGGCCUUCAUUGGGCAUCGCAGACGGGAUAACGUCGACCUCAUUCGUGAACAGAUGAUCGGCAUGAUAUUCACAGGAACGCCUCAGGCCCUGGGGCCAAGGCAACGGCGUCCCCCUCCUCCCCCUCCAAGACACAGACCCAGGCCCCGCGUCCCCUACAAUCCCACAGGAAGGUUAAGCGUCCAGUAUAACCCCCAAGGUGAGGACAGCAUCCAGCACACUAGAAAGGUCCCAGCUCCAGAAAACAUUCUGAAACCUUUGCCCUUUGUGCCUGGCCCUACCAUGGUCAAGUUCCCAACCAUUCCCAAGCCUCCGAGUCGCCAGGCCCCAGCUCCGCCCCGCCAGAGGCCGCCUAGGCCACCACCCCACACGGAGACCUUUGGCAACGCCGUCGGACCUGAUUUUGGACCAGUGACGUUCAGCCAUGUUAGCAGUAGUUCUGGUGGUUUUAAUAACAACUUUGACAAUGACUUCAAGAAUUUCGGCCCAACGAAAGAUGACUUUGGACCUCCCAAAACACCUCAAAGGUUUCCACCCAGGCCGCCUCCACCACCGCCCCAUCAAGGAAGGCCCACGGGCGGCUUUGCCGGUCACGAUGGAGGAUGUGUCAAGUACACAGAAGAUAUCUGUCUUGACUCCUUUGAAUAUCCUCAUGAAGCCAUUCUGUCAUCUUUGAUUCGAGACCCAUCCCGGUCCGAUACCAUGAUGGCUGAAGUGAGGUCGCAGAGUGCAGAUGACCUCGUGGAUGGUGUUAGUUCGAGUCAAGAAUCAAAAUAUGAUUACCAACACUACUUUGGUAACAGGAGAGCGGGAACCGAGAACCAUGCCCACAGGGACUUCGCUCAUGAUGGAGGUUACCUGUGCCCUUCGGAAGUGAAAUAUGCUCGUCCCAAAAGAGCCAGGAAUUCCAAGGGGCGUUGGAAGUACAUCGUUAAUCUAGACAAAUAUUCACAGACCAUACGAAUGGAAAAGUGCAUGAAACCAGGUGGAGCUUGUAGCUACGUGUCUCAUCAUUAUAGAGCAACGUGCAACCAAGUCUACAACUAUCACCGUUUGCUGUCAUGGGAAGAUGGUCGAGGCCUACAUAUGGACAUUUUCAAGGUGCCCAGUUGUUGUUCCUGUCAUAUCCAGGGCUAUGCCUACGUAUUUCCCCCGCUUAAUCGGCGGCAGCAUACUGCUGGGUCAGUUCAGGUCUCACAGACAGUGCCUGCACCGCAACCUGACCCAAAUGACCUAGCCCCAGGUAGUGACUCUUCUGAGAAAGCAUAUAGUCCCGUCAACUACCCAAACAUACCGGUAAAACAACCACCUCGCCGUCGAAGGCCUGUGCAGUCAUCCAGACCUGGAGUACGGAGACCCGGUCCUGGACUCGACAGAAAUGUUACGACACAAAGCAUAAACAGAUCGGACCUGGGGCCCUCACCUGAUGAAACGGCUCCUUACGAGGAUCCUGACCGCAAUGGUCCCGUCAGCUGGAACCAAGGGAGUGAAGAGGACCGUGUCAACUAUGGCUACCACCCCAUAAUUGACUUCUUCAAUCCCUACUCCUUUGAUAACCAGAGGCAGAGAUAGGGUUCUGGAUAUGGACUUGACAGCUGUGGUUUCCAUCUGUGUAUCUAUUGCUUAGAACAAACUAUCCUAUUCAUUUAGUUUUGAAUGUUAUAUUUUUUUUAUUAGUAAUUGUUCAUAUAUUUCAUUGGGUUGGUUCAUGCAGAGAAAAGACUAUGUUGGUGAGAUCUGCAGCACAGUAUAAGUGACAUUUGCGUGUGUACAAAGAUUUUUCUUAACUGUAAUAUAUAUAUAUAUAUAUAUAUAUAUAUAUAUAUAUAUAUAUAUAUAUAUAUAUAUAUAUAUAUAUAUAUAUAUAUAUAUAUAUAUAUAUAUAUAUAUAUAUAUAUAUAUAUAAUGUGUACCAGUGAUCUGGUGAUUACUGCUGAAAAUGAGGAGUCCCUACAGAGAAGGGUUGGAGAAUGGCAGGAGUCUUUAGAGAGGGGUGGCUUAAAGGUGAGUGUGAAUAAAACAGAGGUUUUGCAGAGUAGUGGGGAAGAUAGAGACUGCAUAGUAAUACAAGAAAGAAGAGGCUCUAUUAUGAAACAGGUGAAAAAGUUUAAAUACUUAGGAUCUACUUUAAGCCAAGAGUGAGGAUGUGAGACUGAAGUUGACAGUAGGAUGAAAGCCGCGUUGAGAAAGUGGAGAGAGGUAGAUGGAGUAGUAUGUGAUAAGAAAAUGCCAAUUAAGCUAAAAGUCAAGAUCUGUUGCACAGUGAUAAGACCAGUGGUAAUGUAUGGAUCGGAAACAUGGGCUCUAAGAAGAAAAGGGAAGUAAAGCUCGAGAGAACAGAGACGAGAAUGCUUGAGAGAUUGAAAAAUUAUGGAAUAAGAAGAGCAGGCUUAGUAAAGAUUACAGGGAUGAUAAGAGUCACAAUGAGAUGGUAUGGGCAAGUGUUGAGGAUGGAUGAUGAGGAGGAUGAUAAGAAAAAUACAGUGAAUAGACGAAUUGGGAGGAACCUGUUAGUGGAAGAAGAUCGAGAGGGAGACAGAGAAUUAGAUGGCGGGAUAAAGUGAAGGAAGAUAUAGAGGAUGAGGCCUUUGAUAGAAGGCAGUGGAGAAGGUGCAUCAAGCAACCACCCCUUAAUGUAGGGACAAUGGUGAGAAAGGAGAUUAUAUAUUAUAUAUAUUUAUAUAUAUAUAUAUAUAUAUAUAUAUAUAUAUAUAUAUAUAUAUAUAUAGUAUGUAGUGAAUCCCUGUAUUUGUGCGCACUGGAUUCACAGACUGAUGUAUUCGCUGAUUUCUUUCUGGAACAUUUACCCCUAUUAAUCGUGGAAAAUUUGUCUAUUCACUGUAAUUUUCUACAAGAAAUAUCCACAAAUUCCUGCAUUUUUUAUCAGUUUUAUCAUAAAAUGCAUUUUUUGUGAUAAAACUAUUCAAAAAACCAGGUAUAAAAAUUUUUCGUGGGUUUUUCUUGAGUUUUAACUAACAAAAUAGGCAGUUUUAAGCAUUUUUAUAGGGGGUUUCAAGUAUUUACAGGGGUGUGGGGUCUGGUACGCAUCCCUCGCAGAUAUGGGGAGAC